AUUCCCGGGGUGGCGCCGAUCGGACUCCGCGUCCCAGAAUUCUCUGCGCGAACCCUGGAGCACUUCCGCCCUGUUGUGAAGUGGGUGUCUCGUGCUUUGGGCAGCAACCCCUUUCUCAGGAGCCCCCUUGGAGGAUACACCCUAAAUGCAGGAAGAAGUCAGAAGAGGACAGCCCAGCUGAAGUGAGACAUCCAGGCUAGACCAUGGCUGUGACCCUGGAAUCCCAGGCCCAGGCCUCUCCACUGCCAGAGCCUGAAGGACUUCUGAUUGUGAAACUGGAGGAGGACUCGUGGGGAUCAGAACCCAAAUCUUGGGAGGAAGACCAGGACCCUGUCCCUGUCCCUGAGGCCUCCCGCCAGCGCUUUAGGCAGUUCCAGUACAGGGAUGCAGCUGGACCGCAUGAGGCCUUCAGCCAGCUCUGGGAGCUCUGCUGUCGCUGGCUGAGGCCGGAGAUCCGCCUGAAGGAGCAGAUCCUGGAGCUGCUGGUGCUGGAGCAGUUCCUGACUAUCUUACCCAGGGAGGUCCAGACCUGGGUGCAGGCGCGCCACCCUGAGAGCGGCGAGGAGGCAGUGGCCCUGGUGGAGGAUUGGCACCGAGAGGUCCGGGCUGCACAGCAGCAGGAACUGGAAUUGUGUGCAGAGACCAGGUCCUUAAUGGCAAUGCAGGAAUCACGGAACUUCCAGCUGCAGCCAGAGGAUCACUGGCCUGAGGAACAGUCCCAGAAGCAGUGGGUGAAGAAUCAAAAUCCUGACCUUCCCAAGCACCUAAACACCAAGAUGGUGCCACAGUCUUUGAAAGAGAGAGCUGUCCUCACUUCUCACCUCCUUACUCUCCCGAAGAUGGGGAGCAUUGGCCAUUGGGAGGUGCCCACUGAGUCCCAGGAAGCCCUGGGACCUAGAAAACACACUGAGAAGGAGUUCUGCAAGGACCCCUCAAGAGAUGACUGUAGGGACAGCGUGUCUCUGGAAGUUCUAGUUUCAAAACCAAAUAGCACCUCCCAACGAAAGCAAGCACGAGAUUUUUGGGGUCCAAACAUUAUAAGUUCUUGGAAAAGGAACACUGCUGGAGAUUAUAACCUGGGUAAUGAACAAGCAAAAUCAGCUCAGACAUUGGCCUGGAAGGACUCAAGGACCUGGGAAGAACAAUACCAAUGGGAUGUGGAAGACAUGAAGGUGUCAGGUGUUCACUGGGGCUAUGAGGAGACCAAGACUUUCCUGGCUAUUCUGAGUGAGUCUCCCUUCUCUGAAAAGCUCCGGACUUGUCACCAGAACCGCCAGGUGUACCAGGCCAUUGCAGAGAGGCUCAGGGCACGGGGCUUCCUGCGGACACUAGAGCAGUGUCGCUACAGGGUCAAAAACCUCCUACGGAAUUACCGGAAAGCCAAAAGCAGCCACCCGCCAGGGACCUGCCCCUUCUAUGAGGAGCUGGAGGCCCUAGUGAGGGCUCGGACCGCCAUUAGAGCCACGGACAGCCCAGGAGAGGCUGUGGCACUCCGUAGGCUGGGGGAUAGUGAUGCAGAGGUAGAAGAGCAAGAGGAAGGGGGCUGGGAGCCCGAGGAAACAGCAGAAGACUGUAAUGGUGAUGACCUGGCCAUUGAUGAGUCCGUCCAGGGGCCCAGGAUUCCAGGGGGCCCAGCUCUAUUCCAGAGUCGUAUUGCAGGUGUGCACUGGGGCUACGAAGAGACCAAGGCUUUCCUGGCAAUUCUCAGCGAGUCCCCAUUCUCUGAAAAACUUCGCACCUGUCACCAGAACAGCCAGGUGUACCGGGCUAUUGCAGAGCGGCUGUGUGCGCAGGGCUUCCUGAGGACACUGGAACAGUGUCGCUACAGAUUCAAAAACCUCCUUCGAAGCUACCGGAAAGCCAAGAGCAGCCACCCACCAGGGACGUGCCCCUUCUAUGAGGAACUAGACUCGUUGAUGAGGGCUCGCACUGCGGUUAGAACCAUGGGGACCCUGAGGGAGGCUGCAGGCCUCCUCAUGUCUGGACAGAACAGUACGGAGGCUGAUGACCAGGAGGCCUGGGACGAGAUGGCAGAUGAAGAUGUCAUCAAACCUCCAACCCCAUGUCCUAAAACCCCGGACACUGGUUUUGAAUUGAGGCAUGAGGAUGAAGACCAGAUUUCAGAGCAGGAAAUUUUUGAGGAUUUUCCUGGAGCAUUAUCAAAAUGCACUGCAGAGGAUGUUCUCCACGCUCAUGACUGGGAGGAAGAUAGUGAAAAUGAAAAUGAAAGUGAAAGACAGUGGGGAAAUCCCACUCAGGAACAGUGGGAAAAAUCUUCUUCUGAAGAGGACUUAGAAAAACUUAUCGACCAUCAAGGCUUGUACCUGGCAGAGAAACCCUACAAGUGUGACACAUGCAUGAAAACCUUCAGUCGGAGCUCCCACUUCAUUGCUCACCAGCGGAUCCACACAGGUGAGAAGCCCUACAAAUGCCUUGAGUGUGGGAAAAGCUUUAGUGACCGCUCUAACCUCAAUACCCACCAGAGAAUCUACACUGGAGAGAAGCCCUACAAAUGCCUUGAAUGUGGGAAAAGCUUUAGGGACCACUCCAAUCUUGUCACUCACCAGAGAAUCCACACUGGGGAAAAACCCUACAAAUGUGGGGAAUGUUGGAAAAGCUUCAACCAGAGCUCAAACCUGCUAAAACAUCAAAGAAUCCACUUUGGAGGAAAUCCUGGCAACUGUAGUGAGCCUGAGGAAAGCUUUGGCCAAAGCUCAUCAUUUAGUGCUCACUGGAGAAACUCUACAGAGGAGACAUCUCCUGAACAACCUUCAAGUGGAAGCAGUGUCAGUAAGAACUUAAAUUCUCCUGGAACGCACAUCACCAACUCAGGGGAAAAACUUUAUCAAUGUUCUGAAUGUGGAAGAAGCUUCUCUAAGAGCUCUGCCCUCAUUAGUCACCAAAGAAUCCAUACGGGAGAGAAACCAUAUGAGUGUACUGAAUGUGGGAAAAGCUUCAGCAAGAGCUCCACCCUGGCUAACCACCAGCGAACCCACACUGGGGAGAAGCCAUAUAAGUGUGGAGACUGUGGGAAGUGCUUCAGUGAGCGCUCCAAGCUGAUCACACACCAGAGGGUGCACACAGGAGAGAAGCCCUACAAAUGCCUCGAGUGUGGGAAAUUCUUCCGUGACCGUUCUAAUCUCAUUACUCACCAGAGGAUUCACACAGGAGAGAAGCCUUAUAAAUGCAGAGAGUGUGGGAAAUGCUUUAACCAGAGCUCCAGUCUUAUCAUUCAUCAGAGAAUCCACACUGGGGAGAAGCCCUACAAGUGCACUGAGUGUGGCAAAGAUUUCAACAACAGCUCUCACUUCAGUGCCCAUCGGAGAACCCAUUCAGGAGGGAAAACAUCAUAGGAGACACCUCCCCCCACAACAAAAGAGAGAGAAAUGUAUAUUUAAAACUCCCAAGAUCUUAAGAUGUAUGCUUGAAAGAAACAUUCUCAAUUUUUAAGCUUAGUGUGUGCCUAAGGAAGUUAUCUUGGUAUAAUACUACUAAUUUGGAAGUGAAUUACAGAUACUAAGGAUCUAUAUUUGAAGGCACUUUUCUUAAAUGUGAAUUGUUUUUCUCCUAUAAAAUACCCACACACAAUCCUCAGGUAGUCCUUACAUUUGCUGUUGUGUCCCUGGUGGCACGAAUGGUUGACUAUUCACCUAAAGAUUUGUGAUUCGAACCCACCCAUCGACGCCAGGGAAGAGAGGCCUGUUGAACUGGUUCCAUGAAGAUAAUAGCCAAGAAAACCCUAUGAAGCAGUUUUGCUGUGUAGUGCAUGGGGUCGCAAUGAGUCAGAUUUUAAGAGCUUUAACAAUGUUUGAGCCACACUGGUAACUUACGGCCUCCAGAGGUAAAUCAAUGAUCUUGAGCAUAGAUCCAAACCUUUGGUGUGCGUUCACACUGUUGUUUGUAUACACACCCCAUCGGCCGUGGUUCUCAUACAUGGCGACUUUCAGUCGGGGCUUACAGUCACUGGAGAACUUUGAGACUGUGGUGAGAUGGGCAUAGUUGAGAAUCAGAGGUCUGAAGCAGGCCACCAUGAGCUCAGCAAAGAGUAGGAACAAUAGUGACCUCACUAAAUCAUUACUAAUAGCAAAAAUAGCCAGGACUUAUUGAGCGUUUGCUUUUUGGUAGGCUUGGUGUUAAAGCACUAUCUACUUCAUUCCAUUUAAUUCUCACAGCAGCCCCAGGAGAUGGGUACUAAUAUUCUCCUCACUUCUCAGAGGAGGAAACUCAAGAAAGUUAAAUAACUUGCUUCAGGUCACACAUCUGAAAGUGUCAGAGGCAGAAUUCAACCAGAUCUGUCUUUCUCCAGAGCCUUAGGUGCUCUUCUGUACUGAAUUCCCUUCCCCAUUAAGGCAGGUAUCUCAGG